AUGGAUCCCAAGGGGCUCCUCUCCUUGAACCUCCUAUUUUUGUCCCUGGCUUUUGAGCUGAGCUACGGAACAGGUGGGGGCAUGAUGAACUGCCCAAAAGUUCUCCAGCAGCUGGGAAGCAACGUGUUGCUGCCCCUGACAUACGAAGGGAUAAAUAAGAGCAUGAACAAAAGCAUUCACAUCCUUGUUACCAUGGCAAAAUCACCAGGAAACAGCGUCAAGAAGAAAAUAGUGUCUCUUGAUUUGUCUAAAGGGGAAUCUCCACGUCAUGUAGAGAGCCGCUAUAAGUUUUAUCUGGAGAACUUGAGCCUGGGAAUCCUGGAAAGCAGGAAGGAGGAUGAGGGAUGGUACUUCAUGGCCCUGGAAGGAAACGUUUCAGUCCAGAACUUUUGCCUGCAGCUGAUGCUUUAUGAGCAGGUCUCCACUCCAGAAAUUAAAGUGUUAAACAAGACCCAGGAGAACGGGACCUGCAGCUUGAUGCUGUCUUGCACAGUGGAGAAGGGGGACCAUGUGGCUUACAGCUGGAGUGAGGAGGCGGGCACCCACCCACUGAGCCCAGCCAGCAGCUCCCACCUCCUGUACCUCACCCUUGGCGCCCAGCAUGCUGACAAUAUCUACAUCUGCUCCGCAAGCAACCCCAUCAGCAACCGCUCUCAGACCUUCACCCCGUGGUCCAGAUGCAUGCCAGAUCCCACAGAAAGGAAACAAUGGGGACUGUAUGCUGGGCUGUUCUUAGGGGGCAUCGUUGGUGUCAUCAUGAUUCUAGAAGUGGUAAUACUACUGUUGAAAAGAAAAGGUAGCCACACAACCCCCGACCCACAUUGGAGACAAUGUCUUGACCAAGACCAGAACAAAUUCCCUGGCUGUUUUCCCCAGGUAAAACAGACCACCAGCCGACAACGGAAGGAAAAAGCUUUACUAUCUAUGCCCAAGUCCAGAAAUCAGGUCCUCUUCAGAAGCAACCAGACCCCCUACCAGCUCAGGAUCCCUGCACCACCAUUUAUGUUGCUGCUGAAGAGCCUGUCCCAGAGUCUGUCCAGGAACCAAAUUCCAUCACAGUCUAUGCCAGUGUGA